UCAGUGAUUCCAAGACUGCGUAACAGAUCAACCAAAGAUCAAAAGCGGAUGUCAAAGCCUCCUAUGAAACCAAAGAGCUACAAUCCUCGGAUCCAUCAAUACAACUCUGCCAUCCCUAGAUCACAAGUACGGCCGCAGAAGAAAUUGAAAACUAAGAGGAGGUAUGGGCAUGUGCAGUCAAAAUAUUCAUCAGUCUUUUCAAAAUACCUGCGUGAGCCAGCCUAUCCUCAAAGUAUCACAUCUAAAAGGUCCAAGAAGAAGCCAUCUGGUAACUUCUAUCAGAAAUCACAUAAUUCAAAUCUUCAAAAAGUAGCCUCUUUUGAGAGACAAGAACACUCGAACUCACGAGAAGGCUUAUGCAAACUCCACAAGAGGAUCUUCGGAAAUGAGAAUAAUUUAAAAGAAAUUAUAGGAAUGAUGGAUGGCAAGAAAGAAACCCACUCCCAAUUAGUCAAUAACGCCUAUAAAGGCAACAUUAAUAAUAGAGAUCAUGCUUAUGAUGACUCUUACCAAAAUAAUAUUCAAGCUCCAGAUACAGCUUCCUCCGAGGCGAAGCCGGGAGAGAAGAAAGAUCUAGAUGUCAAGCUUGAAAGAGCCCUUCUAGAUCUUUCAGAACACCAGAACAAUUUCUAUAAGGACAAAUCUGAGUUUGACAAACAGAUAGAGCAAGCUAAGAAGGAAAAAGACAAUCGUCUUAGACAAACGUUUUAUGGGCAAGGGUAUUCAGCAGCUUCAAACCCGAUGGCUCCAGGAGGAAUUCCAGAUCCAAAUUCAAUAAAUAGCUCUAAUUACUAUAAACCAAUCGGGUACUCCACUGGGAAUAAGUUCAGACCUUCAACACAGGAAAACUCGAUCAAGCGAUCAUCUGUCCAGGGCGAAGCCUUAACAGACGGAGAUAUUCUUUCUAAUAUAGAUAAUAUUUCUAAUGAGGAACUAAAAGAGAGAUUAAUAGUCUCAGAAAUGAUCAUGAAGAAACUUUAUACGAGGAAUAAGGAUCUCGAAACAGCUAUCGACAAAGCCUCUAAUAAGAUCAAAGAGGUCAAAAGGAAUACAACCCAGAAUUUCUUUAGGAAUACCAUCAAAGAACAUGGGGAAACCUCAUUCCAACAAAACCAAGAAGAUGCUCCUGAGGAAGAUGAAGCCAGUGAAAUUGAAAUCGGGUGCAAAGAUUGUGACAAGUUCAAAGAAAAAGAGCUUCAGCUAAACAAAGAGUUGGAUAAGAAGAUCAAGUAUAUCUAUGAGCUUGAGCAGAAACACAUCACUGAGAAAUAUGAUUUUGAUGCCACUACAUACAACCAGUACCUCCAGAAAAGGUUGAAUGACCUGAUGGAAGAGAGUAAAAGACACUUCGACAACUAUGUACAGGUCAGAGCUCUCUAUAAUGACCUCCUUGAAGAAAGGGCAAAGAAGAAGAGAGGGAAGAGAAUUGCAAAUGACUCAGAUUUGCUUAAUUUAAAAUAAGUCAUUAAAGAAAGCAAUACAGACUCAUGAAAAAGAAGCUAAGAGACUUCGUGACUACAAUAAUACCGGAGCACAGUUCCAACACUUACUCAUUGAGCAGGAUGACAAGAUAAAGAAACUUACAGCUGAGCUAGGCCGAAAGGAAUUCUUAGAGGAUAAAAAGGAAAAACACUUAAAAAGGCUAUUUAAACAAAACAGUUCCUUAAGAGACACUUCUCAAUCCCUCAUCUCCCUUAUCAACUCAAAAUACCCCCAAGUAGUAUCCGAUCUUGACGCAAACGCCCUCCUAAGCAACCUGACUAAAAUAAUCUCCAACUACGGAGCAGGAGCAGCCACUUCAGCUGACGAUGAAUAAUACUAUAACAACC